AUGGGCAUCUGCUCCUCCUGCCUGGGGAGCAGGCGUAAGGAUAGCUAUGACGAGGACGAAGAAUCCCGCCUGCUUUUCGACGACCCGAACGGCAUUCAAUAUGGGAGCUUUGGGGAGCAACAGAAUGGGCAUGAUGACCCGAUGGAGGUCCAGAGAGAGAUUGAGGCUCUGCAGAGAGUGGUAGCCCGUACAUCCGAUAACAUGGUCGACAUCUUCGAGAUUGCGCCGCAGGAGGGUGUGGCACGCAUCACGCCGGCUGCAUAUGCACCGAGUGGCCAGGACGCCCGGCUCGCCCGGUAUCAGACCCUUCUCUCCAAGCUCUCGGUGGACGAUCUUGCCGCCGACGCGAGAAUUGAUUGGACAUUGCAGGAGGAGGAUACGGUCGAGAUGCAGCGCAGCGUACCGCCCGUCAAGGCUGAGGUCGGCGAACCACUGGUCGGCAACUUUGCAGAUGCAGCAGCGGCGGUUGCAUGA